AUGGACUACACCCCAAACGACGCUGGCAACCCUGCCGCACGCUAUACGUACCUGCAGAGUUCGGAUGAACAGCAAGCAAACAACAACGCCACUGCUCAACCUGGGCCUUCACGCCUUCCUCAACUGGAUGGAUAUCAACCCCAUCCUGCCACCCCCCUGCCUCAUUAUGGCCAGGUAGGAGCGUUCAGUGGUUAUCCUGACGCUGCCGUCUCGUCUCAGCCCGGAUACCAUCACCAGCCACCAACUCCACCCGGGCACGAAGAUGACGUCCAGAAGCUGUUGGACUGGCAUGCACAGCAGCAUGCGCAGCACCAAGCUUCGGAGCAGGUCCCUCGCACCAUUGACCCCAAUGGCUAUGCCAAUCGUCACAACUAUGCCGGAUCUUUCAACCCGCCUCAGGCACCGCUGCCAGACGCAGCUCCACCUCGUCCAGUCACACCUCCUCAUCACUAUGCCCCCACACUUGCCAAUGCUGCGAUUGGCCCAUCCCCUGGGCACGACGGCAUAACGCCAAUAGACGAGGAGACGAUCCGCAAGCAACAAGAGUACGUGAAAAACGCCCAGAGAAGCGCUGAGAGGCGACGACAAAAGAAGCUGUCCAGCGCCAGUUCUAAGGCGGGUUCGAUGGCACCACCGCAAGCCGUUUUGAGCACCAAGCGCAAGCGGUCCACCAAGAAGUCAACAGGCUCCACGUCUACACCUGGUCCAAAGCGCCGUAAGCCUCUUGUGAUGCAACAUGGGCUCCCUGAUGCCGAUGAGAUGUACGCACCUCAUCAUGGCGGGCUUGCUCAUGCGCCUACUCAUGAUCAGGACAACUCGGGCUUCGGAAUUCUGUACCCAGUCCACCAACCUCAAGCAGGCCCCACAAACUUCAUGCCCUCAUACGCACCGAUUUUCAACACAUCAAUUUUUGAUGUACCUCGGAACCAGCGGCUCUUGUCUCCUCCAGAGCCUGCACCGCCCGCACGCAUCGAUUGGGACACUCAGCCUCAAGACAUCACUGCCAACUAUGCUGACUACAAGUGGUCUGUCAUCCUGUUCCAGCUACACAAAGCAUGCGGCUUCGAAUUUGCAGAGUCCUGGCUCGACAACCUGGUCCAAACCAACAACCUUGGACCGCCUAGUCACAGAUGGCACGCCCACAGCUCGCGCGGCUUCAUUCAGGAUGGCGAUGCUCUAUCUUUUAUCGCGCUCCAUAACGCUGCCGAUCCGUUUGAGUGGGGUUUGUCGCCGACGUCUACGACUUCAAUCGGUGUGUAUGGUCGCUUUUGGCAGGACCGAGAUGAGAUGAUUUGGAGGACCUUCGCGCCUGGCUUUUCCUCGCUGCUUGAUUAUUGCCAGCAUAUGGGCGGAAUCAGCGUCAAGCAGACUUGGAAGUUUGACAAUCCGAAAGCCUCGGAGCGUCGCUUUCACAGAGCGUAUUGGCUGUCGGCGAGGAUGCAGCCGACCAAGGACUUGCUGCAUCACAGUGGCAUGGAGACUGGUGAGAUGCUAGUCGAGAUGUACGAUGAUGGGUUCGAAGUCAGCGAGAAGGAUUUGCGUAGUGAGAAGGAUUGGAAUAGGACGGAGGAGCAGAGUCAAGACGCGUGGAAUGCGGUGUUGGAGAAGAACGAGGAGAUUGGAGAUGUGCUUGAUGGCGGGGCGAGGUUUGAGCAUGUUUUCAUCGGAAGCACGGAGGUGGAUAACUUGUGA